GGCUCUUUCUACAAGCAAGAUUACUGGGAUCACUUGUAACUGAAAAAAUAAGGGGAAGGAGUGUUUUGCCUCAGGCUGGGAUUUUGGAAGGUCUUUUUAUUUACUUUGCAUGUGUCAGCAUUUAUGUGUUUGUACAUGGUCAGUGCCUCUGCUAGUUCUUUGUAAGCAGUGUUGUUACUUUUUUUAUUUCAAAAUAGCUAAAUCUGGGUCUGCUUAACCGCAGAACAUCACAGAGGAGUCUGUGGGGGCAGUGGCUGAAAAGCAGAAGUGAGAUAGGAUCAAGGAGUGAACCUUGGGUCCACCCCUUUCUGCUUACUGCCGUCCUGUGCUUGUCGCCACAUUUCUGUAGUCAUGACAUUCUUUUCCUCCUUAACCCCAGUCUUCAUAGCAAUUAUGUGUGUUUUGAUUGGGGUAAUACUGAAGAAGACUAAUAGAGAGAAGGAAAAACUUGACACUAGAAGCAAGUCCAUAUCUCGCCCAUGGGUGGAUGAAGAUCUAAGAGAUGGCACUGAUCACCACUUAGAGGAAGAAGAGGUUGAUGAAGAGUGGCAAGGACUUGACGAAAAUGUUGCCCAUGUCCCCUUUGUUGCAGAGCGCUACUCUGAGGCUGAAAUGAUUAAAAGGUCACGGUCAUUUUAUGAACUUCUCAAUAAGAGGCGCUCUGUCAGGUUUCUCAGUGAUGAACCAGUCCCCAGGGAGGUUAUUGAUAAUGUCAUCAGAACAGCAGGUACUUCACCCAGUGGAGCGCACACUGAGCCCUGGACCUUUGUGGUAGUGCAAGAUCCAGAUUUAAAACAUAAGAUUCGGGAGAUCGUAGAAGAAGAAGAAGAAAUAAACUACAAAAAAAGGAUGGGAGAUAGAUGGGUUAAUGACCUGAAGAGAUUAAGAACAAACUGGAUCAAAGAGUACUUGGACACUGCCCCCUAUCUGAUCCUUAUUUUCAAGCAAGUGUAUGGGAGGCUUCCAAAUGGCAAAAAGAAGACCCACUACUACAAUGAAAUCAGUGUAUCUAUUGCCUGUGGCAUGCUGCUUGCUGCACUGCAGAACGCCGGUCUGUACACGGUGACCACCACACCCCUGAACUGUGGCCCCCAGCUGCGGGCGCUGCUCCAGCGCCCAGCCAAUGAGAAGCUGCUCUUGCUGCUCCCCGUGGGCUAUCCCAAGAAAGACGCCACUGUGCCUGCACUGACUCGAAAGCCGUUAGAAGACAUCAUGGUGGUCAUGUGAACCCAGGGCCACAAGGACAGAGCACAACUUCCUGCCUGUUAGGAAGCAGCAGCCAACUGAAGUUGUUGAUGCUUUUCCUGUGUAUUAUGCCCAGCAUUAAUGCUCACAUAUUACUGCUGCUCUGGCUGUUUACACCCAUGCACCUUUUAGUGCUAGUAGCCACGAUGCCUGCUUCUACUAACAGCAGCAAGUAGUCAUGCAUGGUGCAUUUAACAGGUACUAUUACCAAUGAACCUAACCAGUUGUUCCAAGAGACAAGUACAGUAACAUUUAAAUGACCUUCAUCACUUGAUUUUUCUUAUGCACUGUAGAGACAGAUCUUUCCUUGAAAUGGGACACAUAUAUAUAUCCUUAUACUUUUGUGAUUACCACUGAACAGCUAUUUUUAAUUCAUAAUUUUAAUGGAGGUUGUAUAUCACAGAAUCAUAGUACCAUUAGGGGUGGAAAAGACCUCCAAGGUUAUCUAAUCCAACUGUUCACCUACCACAGAUAUUUCCCCACUAAACCAUGUCUCGCAGUACAACAUCUAAACAUUUCUUGAACACCUCCAGUGGUGGUGACUCCACCACCUCCCUGGGCAGCCUGUUCCAGUGCCUGACAACUCCUGAACCUGAACCUCUCCUGGCACAGGCACCGAGUAAACCGCCCUAUAGUAAAAAAAAUAAUUAAAAAAAAAAAAAAGCCAAAAUUCUUGUGAUAGCACCAGCUUCUUAGCCACAUAUUUAUAAAAUGGGUUUUCCUUGUCCUCUCAGUAUCCCUUGUUACCACUGAAAGGCAAGAGGAAAAUACCACCUAUAUUCCUGUUCCGUCAACUGACUGCCCCAGUGCCCUGAAGUGCUUUCUGAUAGCCUUCAAGCUUCUCUCAGCAACUUCACGGCUGUCAGCCUGAACUAUAACUAAAGGUUAAUAAUCAGAGGGUUGAACCAGACCAUUAAGUUUUUUAUCAGUGUCUCUUCCCUGGGCCCCAGGUGGGCAAUACGCUUUGCUAUGGGUAGGGGGCCCUCUGUUCCCCUCAGAAGGGAGUAGCCUACUACAGUUACCCUUCUUUCCUUCUUGGAGGAAGCCAUCUUGAGGCAUGGAGUUAACUGCCUCACCCUAGACAACCCCCUGGGUGGAUCUCCCACUGCAUCCUCACUCACCAUUCCCUCAAAUUUCAGAACCUCAAACUGAUUGCAUAGUGGUACCUAGGAAACAAGGUAUGUAGGGAUGGGGUUUGCCUGCAACACUGAGCUGAGACCUGUUGCCAUUCCUUCCUAUCUCUUAGGUCCCCUCCCUGAGCCUGGCAGCAACGGGAGAGGGGUCCACCACUGUUUGAGGGGUAUCACCCCAGUUCUUCUCACAUCUAUAGCAGGGAGUCACUCCUCCAGACUAUCUCCUGCUCGCACUCCCUGAUGCCCCUUAACUUCUCCACCUCUUCCUUGAGCUCCACCACCAUACUGAGCAGAUCACCCACCAGCCCGCACCUCGCGAAGGCGGUAUCCCUGCCGCCCUCCACCGGCAGCAACAGGCUCAAGCACUCCCUGCAGCCGGGGUCGCCAGUGCCUGUGCGGACAGCGCCCCCUGGUGGCGCUCCGGAUUGUGGCGGAGCCAGCUCCUGCGCCCACAGCCCGGUACGUGAGCAGUGCAGGUACAAGUGCUGCCAGCAAAGCAAGUGGAGGUGAUGUUUUACAGAAGUACAGCUGUUUGUGGUGUCAGUGUCUCUCUCUCACUAUCUUUGACAGCCCAUUUAGCUGGCUUCACAGCUGUAUCUUCAGCUAUUUCACCAGUCCCAUUUCCCAGUCUUGCACACGUUCUUGGUAGCACAGUGCCAGCCUGAAAUGAACUUUCACAACUACAGUAACACCAAACUUCUUCAGACUUCCUGCAUUUUCAACCCAAAUUCAAUUGAUUUUGACGUAACUAGAAUUUGAAGCAAAAAAUUUUAAAAGAAACCCAGUCAACCUUACAAUUUGAACUUGAAUUGCUUCCUUAUAGAAACAGGCCUCACUGAGCCUAAAAGCUGGUCAAGGACACAGCAAUGUCACCGGUGAGCAGAGGUAAGUCCAGGUGGAUCGGCUGCUGGUUUUCAGGUAUCAAGAAUACACCUCACAGUUGAGAUAACAACUCAUCGUUCUGCACAGAUGCAGCUCUGCCCUAUCAGCCCCCCUCACAAAGCACUUUUCAUCUGCUAUAAAAGUAAAUAUGCCCUAUUUUUCUUUUCUCUUUUUAAUUCAGAGCUCAUGUUGAUAUCGGGCUGAACGUUUGUCACUCCAUGUUAUCUUCUAUAGCUUGGAAAUAAAGUGCUUCUGCCUGGCCCAAUUUGCAGAAGA